AUGGCGAUCCCAAGUGAAACUCCAUUAAUCGACAACGGCGCCCCUGCUGUCACAGGCAGAAAAGCAGCUCGUUCCUUGAAGUUGUUCCGUGGGGAUGGCAAUACGUCAUCAAAUAAGUCCGCCAAGAACUUAGGGCCAGGCCCUGAGCUGCUCCAGCCCAUGCUUGAGCCGGUGUCCUCAGCCACCUAUUUUCCCCACACCCCCAUGAACGACAACCUUGAUUUACAGGCAGAGGCGCACUUGCCACAAAACGACGACUCCGAAGUAGACCAUCUACAACACCUAAUGGCUGAUUUGGAAUUCGAUAGAGGCUCUCAUGGAGAGCUUACGAAGAUAAAGAAGCACUCUCGCGAUGAGGUUGAGCUUCAGUUGAGAUCGAAGAGCACGGCUGAGAAAGAAACCAAAGACCGGCAUCAGAAAACCGACAAAGAAGAUGCCAUAUCCGUGAAUGAAAUAUAUCCUUUAUCUGUUGAGCUACGGCCAUUCAAGAAUAAAGUUGGGGGACAUACUGCGAUUUUCCGUUUCAGCGAGAAGGCCGUUUGUAAGGCAUUGAUGAACAGAGAAAACUUAUUUUAUGAGGCAGUCGAACAUAAACAUCUAGGGCUUUGGAGGUUCAUGCCCAAGUAUAUUGGUGUGCUCAAUGUACGUUACUCUAGCAUCGUGCGUGAAGAGGAAUCGGCCCCUCAAUCAGCGAAUAUCAGUUUACCUGAGGAGAACCAUGAGUCCUCACUGCUACACAAGCGUGGAAUUUCUUUCCACGACAACACAAAGCAGACAAGCAGGUCUUUUUCAAGGGAUGACCUUCCUCCGGAGGUUUCGCUUGACGACAACCGCCAUAUGAUUCCAGAUCUUUUAUGGAAACAAUUUUCCAGUAGUGCGCCGAGCUCGUCUUCGAUAGACGAUUUUGUACACUCCCCCGAAUUGUGUCCGACAAAUUCAUCAGAUUUGAAUGACGCACAGAACUUCAGCAUUGGAUCCACUUCAGUAAAUAGAGACUUGCAGGCACAAGUCAUCCAAGAGGUCUUUGUUCCACAGAGCAGAAGAUCGGAGGAAGUGUUUCAUAUGGAUGAUGAUGACCAAGUUCAUGUGGAUAAGUUGAUCAACCCCGUUUUGAGGAAACAUACGCGUUUCGAGCGUUUCAUCUUACUCGAAGAUUUGACUGCAGACAUGCAAAAGCCUUGUGCUUUGGAUUUGAAAAUGGGAACUCGUCAAUAUGGAGUUGAGGCAAGUGAUUCCAAACAAAUGUCCCAGCGCAAAAAAUGUGCCUCAACGACAUCGAGGCAGCUUGGGGUACGAGUCUGUGGUUUACAAGUCUGGAACAAAGCCACACAGUCAUAUUAUAUGAAGGACAAAUACUUUGGGAGAAAGCUCAAGAGAGGAAUGCCAUUUGCUAAGAUUUUGGCUAAAUUUCUCUUUGAUGGCAUCAGUACGCUCUCCAUAGUGAAAAAGAUACCACUUAUCAUCAAGCAGUUGGAAGAAUUGUACCUAUCGUUCGAGGAUUUGAAGGGUUACCGAAUGUAUGGUUCUUCUGUGCUUUUAAUGUAUGACGGUGCAGCCCCGCUGCUGACUGAAGGCAUUAACGUUCACAUUAUUGACUUUGCUCAGAGCGUUAUUGGUGAUGACGCGAGCACGUACAGAGUGCCACCAGCGCAUCCUUCACUUCCAGACAUGGGCUAUCUCAGAGGAUUGAAGUCACUCAUCUAUUACUACAAGCAAAUUUUCAAAAUUGUCUCUGGAGUGAGCUAUGACAGCACGGUAUGUACCCAUGCGUUUGAAGAGGUAUUAGGAAAUUCACCAGACAAAGACAGCUUCUGGCAACGACUCUUUGCAGACGACGAUACAGAAGGACUUGGUGAUCAGGAAACCGAUCCUUUUGACAUCCCGUACCCGGUAGAGGAUGAUGAAGAGGGAAUUUCCGAGUAAAUCUAUUGAACCGCUGGAAAUAUAUACUCACGGAAUAAAGGGUGGAAAAACACGUCUCGCUGUGCGGUGUUCUUAAAAAUACAGUGUUGAUUCUUUAUUUAGUAAAUAGUAUAUGCAUCCCUAAAGAAAUAAUACCACAAUGAUACUAUUUAAUUAACAAAAAUCAAAGGAUUAUUAUCGGGGGACAAAAAUUCUUUUAGGGUCGUCAAGGCAUCAAAGAGAAACUUACUCGGCGUUUCUCUUAGCAACCUUCUUGGCGUGGGUUGUUUGGGUACCGAAGAUCUUCUUAUCUCUGUUCUUCUUUUGCUUUCUUUGUUGUCUGGAAGCCUUCUCGACCUUCUCAGCCAAGCCGUAUCUGACCAAUCUGUAAGCUGGCUCGAAUCUCUUGGCGUCAGCAACGGAUUGGUAGAUCAAACCGAAACCGGUAGACUUUCCACCACCGAACUGGGU